AUGAAACUAUUCUUGAUUGGGCUAUUAGUGAUCACUGCACAAGCAGCAGACCCAAGGAGUCUCCGCGGUGGAUCUGUGGAAGAGGAUCAGCAGUUUUAUGAUCGACUUCUCCAGGACAACGUUGCUAGUAUGACGGCGGCACCAAUUGGCACUGCAGCUCCCACCAUUCCUCGAGUGCUGACUGCAGCCCCUACAGAUAGACCUACGCAGCUGGGGGAAGAAACUCUACCUCCCGCUGCUGCUGUUACUCCGUCGCCAACUACUCCUGUUACUCCAUCACCAACGUUUUCAGGUCAAGGAACCGAUGCUCCAUCUUCCAUGCCAAGUCCGUGUAAAGUUCUUACGGUGGAAUGUCCAGAGCGAUGCUGGGAGGUCGAUCCUUUUGAUCGCAACCCAUUGUGUAUCGACUUCAAUAGACCAGACUGUGAUACUAUUCCAUUUCCAGCAGACAGCUGUCCCCCUUGCUGUCCUGCAAUUUGUAACGACGCUCCAGAAUUGGGUGACUGCAGUCCUACUCCUGUUCCAACAACCUUUCCUUCGGAAUCGCCUUCUGCCAUGCCAACAGGCACAGCUUCACCUACCGUUCCAGUGUCUGCCUCGCCAACUCAAUGCAUUCCUCCUCCAAACUGUCCUUCUAUCUGCGGUGAAGCAAAUCCACCAGCCGACCAGUGUUCGGAGGAAUGUAUUGCCUGCCCACCCGCAGGAUGCGACGUGAGCAUCAAUAUCAUUCCCGACUGUCCUAAACUCCCUUGCGAAUGGGAUGUUUGCCAAGAAACCCCUUCCCGAUUGCAGUUUGCAUACAAUGGAGGUGGCUGUCUUCAAACAGAAUUCUUGAGAUGCGCAGGAGACAACCCCGACUACUGCACUUGUGACAAGCAACCAAUUGAUCAAUUGGACUGGCCCAUUGGUUACACAUGCCAGGACUUCAAUGGUGGGCCACCUGCCACAAACGCAAUCGGCACCAGGUCAUGGAUUCGAGCAAGUCCAGCUGGGUCAACUGUCGUCUACUUUGAAGGUGUGGUCCGACUUGGAGAGUCAUUCGAUGCCACUACGGAAUCAGGGCAAGUGACAACCAAUAUGGACAUCUUCAUUUAUGAGUACGACGCUGCGAACGAUGGACCUGGCCUCCUUCUGCAGCAGGUCCUGUUCGAUAGUUCCUGCUCGCAACAACUAUUCCUCACUGAUACCUUUGGAGCGAGUCAAUUGGUUGAGUUCGAGUCUCCAAAUGCACUUGUUUCUCUCUUCCAAACGCAGGCUUUCGCUUUCAACUUGUCACUCGAGAUGAAUCUGGGUAACACUGAGCUAGAGUUGAAUCAAGCCAACGUCGUUCUGCUCUCGGCUGACUUCUUGAGUCCGCAAUUCAAGACGCUUCCAGUGAAUGGUGCCAAGAUCCCUCCUCCUCUGUCGGUCAUCGAGGAUUUCGUCAUCGUUCCAGAUCAAAAUCAUACUGCAAUCGCAUCUUUUGCGGGCCUCUUGGAUGGCAGUGUCUGCAACGCACUGGAAUCAGUCACAUUCAAUUGCCCACGAGGAUAA